AUGACUGAAGAAAUAUGUAAAGAAGAUAAUGAUGAGAUGUCUAGUAUUGUGAAGAAGCAAGCAAAGGCUAGAAAACAACGCUUACUAGGAAGUAGUAAUGUACGUAUGAGACUCAUAUGUCCUACAUAUGAUGAAAUGGAGACAGAUAGAAAUGAGGAAAUUAUGGAUGAAGAAGAAUUCAGAUUUAUGAAUUCUAUGGAUUCAGUUAAAACUUGUAAUACUAAACUAACAUUUCCAGAAUUCUGGUAUAUGUACUCUAAACAAUUGCGUAUAUUUAUAUGUUCUUUUUUAGGAUUCCUUUUAUAUAUAGUUCAUAACUUUAUUAGUGAUGAACACCAAUAUUUAGGUAUAAAACUUAAUAAUAUAUCUGGUAUAUAUAUCUUCUCAUUAGUACAAUUACUUAUAAUCCAAUAUGUAAUUAUUUUAUACUAUUGGAAACCUGUGGGAUUUAAGAUGAUUGAUAGGUAUAUUACUUACAAAGAUGAUGAAUUUCAUUGUAAACCUAAUUUAAGUUGUAAUUUUGCAGAAAAUUUUCAUAUUUUAAAGCUAUAUUCAUCAACUAAUAUUUUAGAGAGAAUAAAUGUAAUUGGUAAUACUAAGAGAACCAUCGAAUGUAUAUUUUUGAUUAAGAAUAUUAUUUCAGAUUGGUUUAUUUUAUUAUCAAUAUAUCUAACUACAGAAUGGAUAAUAUCUAGUAUUAAAUUAUUAUUUAUGAUGAUUUAUAAUAAGUUAUUAAUAUAA